GCUCCUGCGAGACGGAACCUGACCGCCGCGGCUAGCCGGACUCUGGAACGGAAGCGCCGUGAGCGCCGCUUCCGGCCUGCCUGUGCCGAGGCCCUGCCGGCCCCGCGAUGCUGCCCUAUACCGUGAACUUCAAGGUGUCGGCGCGCACCCUCACCGGGGCCCUCAACGCGCACAACAAGGCGGCGGUGGACUGGGGCUGGCAAGGUUUAAUUGCUUAUGGAUGUCAUUCACUUGUGGUAGUGAUCGAUUCAAAUACUGCCCAAACUCUUCAAGUUUUAGAAAAACAUAAAGCUGAUAUUGUUAAGGUCAAAUGGGCCAGGGAAAACUAUCACCAUAACAUCGGCUCCCCAUACUGUUUGCGCUUAGCUUCUGCCGAUGUCAGUGGAAAGAUCAUCGUCUGGGAUGUAGCAGCAGGAGUAGCCCAGUGUGAGAUCCAGGAGCAUGCCAGGCCCAUCCAAGAUGUGCAGUGGCUGUGGAAUCAGGAUGCUUCCCGAGACCUGCUGCUGGCCAUCCACCCACCAAACUACAUCGUGCUCUGGAAUGCAGACACUGGCACCAAGCUCUGGAAGAAGAGCUAUGCAGACAACAUCCUUUCUUUUUCUUUUGACCCUUUUGAUCCCUCACAUUUAACUUUGCUCACCAGCGAGGGCAUUGUAUUCAUCUCGGACUUCUCUCCGUCCAAGCCUCCCUCAGGCCCUGGGAAGAAAGUGUACAUCUCCAGCCCACACUCCAGCCCAGCUCACAACAAGCUGGCUGCAGCCACAGGAGCCAAGAAGGCUCUUAAUAAAGUCAAAAUUCUAAUCACUCAGGAGAAGCCUAGUGCUGAGUUCGUAACUCUCAACGAUUGCCUCCAGUUGGCCUAUCUACCUUCAAAAAGGAGUCACAUGUUAUUGCUUUAUCCUCGAGAGAUUUUAAUCCUUGACCUUGAAGUGAAUCAAACAGUGGGUGUGAUCGCAAUAGAACGAACAGGAGUUCCAUUUCUGCAGGUGAUACCCUGCUUUCAGCGUGAUGGCUUGUUUUGCCUGCAUGAAAACGGCUGUAUAACCUUACGUGUUCGAAGGUCUUAUAGUAGCGUUUUCACCCCUGCAAGUGAUGUACCAGAUCCAGACCCUGUUCAGGAGCUUACCUAUGAUUUACGGAGCCAGUGCGAUGCAAUCAGGGUGACGAAAACUGUCCGGCCCUUCAGUAUGGUGUGCUGUCCUGUCAAUGAGAAUGCAGCUGCCCUUGUAGUGAGCGAUGGCAGGGUCAUGAUAUGGGAGCUCAAGUCUGCCACGUGCAGUCGAAAUGCACGCAACAGUAGCUCUGGUGUGUCACCUUUGUAUUCACCAGUGUCUUUCUGUGGAAUUCCUGUAGGAGUGCGACAGAGCAAACUCCCAGACCUUUCCCUAGAUAAUAUGAUUGGGCAGAGUGCUAUUGCUGGGGAAGAGCAUCCCAAACUCUCCACCCUGCAGGAAGUGCACCUCAAAUUCCUGCUGACAGGACUGUUCUCAGGACUUCCCUCUCCCCAGUUUGCUAUCCGUAUGUGCCCUCCACUGACCACAAAAAACAUUAAGAUGUAUCAGCCACUCCUUGCUGUUGGUACAAGUAGCGGCUCUGUGCUUGUGUACCACCUGACCAGCGGUCUGCUGCACAAGGAGCUGAGUGUCCACUCCUGUGAAGUCAAGGGUAUUGAGUGGACAAGCUUGACCAGUUUUCUUUCUUUUGCUACCUCAACACCAAACAACGUGGGAUUAGUGAGGAAUGAACUUCAGCUGGUUGAUCUUCCUACAGGGCGGAGCACUGCAUUCCGUGGUGGAGGCAAUGAUGAGUCACCCAUUGAAAUGAUCAAAGUGUCUCAUUUGAAACAGUAUUUGGCAGUUGUUUUCAAAGAUAAACCUCUGGAGUUGUGGGAUGUUAGAACUUGUACCCUUCUUAGAGAAAUGUCCAAAAGCUUUCCUGCAAUAACUGCUUUGGAGUGGUCGCCAUCUCACAACUUGAAGAGCCUGAGGAAGAAACAGCUUGCUACCCGAGAGGCCAUGGCCCGCCAGACUGUUGUCUCUGACACAGAACUGAGUAUUGUAGAGUCAUCCGUGAUCAGCUUGUUACAAGAGGCAGAAAGUAAGUCUGAACUCAGUCAGAAUAUCUCUGCUCGGGAACAUUUCGUGUUUACUGACAGUGAUGGCCAAGUUUAUCAUCUCACAGUUGAAGGAAACUCUGUGAAAGAUAGUGCUCGGAUUCCACCAGAUGGGAGUAUGGGUAGUAUUACCUGCAUCGCUUGGAAAGGGGACACUUUAGUGCUCGGAGAUGUGGAUGGAAAUUUAAACUUUUGGGAUUUGAAAGGCAGAGUAUCCAGAGGAAUACCUACACAUCGAAGCUGGGUGAGGAAGAUUCGUUUUGCUCCUGGCAAAGGAAACCAAAAGCUAAUAGCAAUGUAUAAUGAUGGCGCUGAAGUGUGGGAUACCAAAGAGGUUCAGAUGGUCAGCAGUGUAAGAAGUGGAAGAAACGUGACCUUCCGGAUCGUGGAUGUAGACUGGUGCACAUCAGACAAGGUGAUCUUGGCAUCUGAUGAUGGGUGCGUCAGAGUCCUAGAGAUGUCGAUGAAGUCUACCUGUUUUAGAAUGGAUGAACAGGAGUUAACGGAGCCUGUGUGGUGCCCGUAUCUCCUUGUUCCAAGGGCUUCCCUUGCCUUGAAAGCCUUCUUACUACACCAGCCUUGGAAUGGGCAAUAUUCUUUGAACAUUGCUCACAUUGAUUAUCCAGAAAAUGAAGAAAUAAAGAAUCUCCUUCAAGAACAGUUGAAUUCGUUGUCUUAUGACAUAAAGAAACUCUUGCUGGAUCCAGAUUUCACUCUCCUGCAGAGGUGCCUGCUUGUUUCCAGGCUUUAUGGUGACGAGUCAGAGCUGCACUUCUGGACUGUGGCAGCCCACUACCUGCACAGUUUGUCCCAAGACAAGCCUGAGGACAUGGUGACAAUCAAGGAAGGUGCUCCUCGGGACAAGUUGAACAACCCACUGGACAUCUGUUAUGAUGUGCUCUGUGAAAAUGCCUAUUUCCAGAAAUUCCAACUGGAAAGAGUUAAUCUACAGGAAGUAAAAAGGUCAACUUAUGAUCACACAAGGAAAUGUACAGACCAGCUUCUGCUCUUGGGUCAAACAGACAGAGCUGUGCAGCUGCUGUUGGAAACAAGUGCGGAGAACCAGCACUAUUACUGUGAUUCCCUGAAAGCCUGUCUGGUCACCACUGUCACCUCUUCAGGCCCCUCUCAGAGCACCAUUAAGCUGGUGGCAACCAAUAUGAUUGCCAAUGGCAAACUCUCAGAGGGUGUUCAGUUGCUCUGCCUGAUCGACAAGGCUGCUGAUGCCUGCCGUUACCUGCAGACGUAUGGCGAGUGGAAUCGGGCAGCUUGGCUUGCAAAGGUUCGGUUAAACUCUGAGGAGUGUGCUGACGUUCUGAAGCGGUGGGUCGAUCACCUUUGUUCUCCACAAGUCAACCAGAAGUCCAAGGCCCUCCUGGUCCUCCUCUCCCUGGGCUGCUUUGUCACCGUGGCUGAGACGCUUCACAGCAUGAGGUACUUCGAUAGAGCUGCGCUGUUUGUGGAAGCCUGUCUCAAGUAUGGUGCGUUUGAAGUCAAUGAGAACACAGAGAAACUUAUCACUGCUGUCUAUGCAGACUACGCCCGGAGUCUGAGGAGCCUUGGUUUUAAACAAGGAGCGGUGCUUUUUGCUUCAAAAGCUGGAGCAGCUGGCAAAGACUUACUGAAUGAGCUUGCAUCCCCCAAGGAAGAACUAGCAGAGUGACGAGUUCUGUGCAGGGCGUCUGAUGUUGGAAGCAGGGUGUGAGAGGAGUGGACCUGGCUGUGUUCACAGUCAUGGUCAAUGCUCUGCCGUGGAAGACAGGGUUCUUGUGAGAUGCUUCACCACCUUCCCAAGGCUAUAGGUGCCCAGCAGUGGGGCAGAUUGUCUCUAGGAGCAAGUUCUGUGACCUGCAUUGAACUCAGAAUGUGGGGCACACUGGAAAGUGUAUAGCAUUUAUAUUUUUUGAGAGAGCUUUAAGGUUCCUGGGAAUACUUUUAAAUUUUUUAAACUUAAAAAUUCAAGAGACUGGAUUGCCUUUCCCAUUGACUGAAUUUACGGAUGUUUAAAAAAUCUGUAGUGAACAAGGUCUGUGAGAUGGAGCGAUUCUGCAGUGCAUAGAAUGCCUGUGCUGGUGUGCGCGCAUUCGGGACGCGAAGAUGGCUCACCAAAGCACUUGUCUUCUUACUUUGAGAACACACUUGAUUCCUAGGUGUGGGCAUUGCUCAUUUUUGUAAUUUUAGGCUCCUGGUCUUCAUGUUUAAUGUCAGUGUCUAUAGUCUUUGAUACUUUGAUUUCAACUCCUGAUACAUUCCACUACCCUCAUUCCAAACCUCUUUGUACUUUCCGUCUUUGUGUUCUCCUACUAGGUGAAAUGUAUGAGAUGUCUCUGUUAUAAAUUAUCGCUGAGAACUGAAAGGCUCUGACAACAAAAUAAUAAAUACAAGGAAAAUUCCA